CGGAAGUGUAACCACUGGGCGACUCUGACGCUAAAAUAUUUUUAAAUCGUCAAUUAUUUGGAUAAAACAGGGUCAUAAAAGAAUGAUGGAAAUAUAACUUAUUGGUCAUAUCAACUGUUAUAUUGUGUAUUACUUGUCAGCUUCCGAAAUGGCUUCAGCAAAGACAGGUUCCACGAAACAAAAAAAUAAAUUGAGCUCUCAAAAAUCAAAAGUUUCCAACUCUCAGUCUCAGUCUCUUGGAUUAGAAAAAGGAAUGACAAAUUUGACACUGAAACGAGGUGAUGACAUUGAUCUUACAAAUCCAGAGGCUGUACUCAAAGCACUUGAACUCGCAAAUCUGACUGAAGAAGAAACUGAUAUACUAUUGCAAGAGGCAUAUGAAAUAAAUGCCAGACUCAAGAUGCAGCUUGAAAUUCAAGAGCGCAGUGAAUCAUCGAAUGGCCAUACUAGGCAAAUGGAACGUUCAAAGACUCAAGUUCAAAGUAAUGGUAAAAAGACAAUCCUGCCACCAAUAUCAAAUAAACCACUCACAAGCAAAGGCCAUUCACCUCGACAAAGUGCAACACAAAAACAAGACUCCUCACUGAAUCCCAAACCCUCCUCCUCCCCCACAAAGCGUUCCACUAGAGUUUUGUCAGGCACAUCUAAAUCUGGACCAGGAUCUGCUCCAACAUCCCGCAAGUCCGCCAGCUCUUCGUCAAAUACUAAGUCGCAACCACAAUGGAAUGAUAGGUUCAACUACUCCUGAUGUAGCUCCUUAAACAUCCUUUGACAUCCAUGUUGGAGUCAAUUUCUUUUUUACAAUAUUUAUUGAACUGAUUGAGACUCUUGUGAAUGGUAUGCUUUGUACAUAUUAAAAUUAAGUCUCUGGAUACUAUGAUACAGGGUGUUUCUUAAUUAUACAGGGUGUUUCUGAUACAUGAAUGGACUAGAGUCACAACAAACAAAAUUCAGUAUUAUAAAUUCAUCUUAAAUUAUUAGUUAUUUAGAGUGUUCAUUAAUAAUAUUAUUAGGGAUAAUGUUCCUCCACACAUUCAUAUGUUUGAGUAAUACUCAAAUACAAGUGCACAGAUUGCUUUAGAUGUUGGCUGCACCUUUUCUCUCAGAUUUAAGCUUUAAACCUUGUAGAACGACAUAUUCACCUG